AUGUCUGUCUCUAAGGUCGCACUCAUAACGGCUAGCUCGGCGGGAUUGGGGGCUCAGAUUGCUCGCGCCUUUGCGCCUGACUUUCGUGUGGUCAUCAACUAUUCCUCAAACUCGGAACGCGCGCAGGAGCUCAUCAAAGAGUUGUCCUCUAUACCCGGCAGUUCCUCGGAAGCAACCCCUCGGUUCCACCUGGUCCAAGGCGACAUGUCCUCGAAGACAUCAGUACAAAGUCUGGUCAAGGAGACGAUCGAGAAAAUGGGCCGCUUGGAUGUCGUCGUCUCAAAUGCAGGCUGGACACGCAUGACGACAUUCACCGACAUCGAGCAACAAGUCAACGACGACGACUGGGACAAGUGCUUCACCAUGAACGUAAAAACACAUCUUUGGCUCGCCUACACGGCAAAAGACGCAUUAGCAGAGACAGAGGGUACUUUUAUUUCUACGGCCAGUGUGGCUGGUGUCAAGCCCAGUGGCUCCAGUGUCCCAUACGCCGUCACCAAAGCUGCGCAGAUCCACCUCAUGAAAAGCUUAGCUGUUAUACUGGCGCCCAAGAUCAGAGUGAAUAGCAUUAGCCCGGGCAUGCUGUUGACAGAGUGGGGCCUCAAGUUUCCGGAGGCGAAGCGUACGGCGGCGAUUAAUAAUACCAAGUUGAAGAGACUGGCAGUGGUGGAGGAUGUGGCUGAUCAAGUGCGGACGCUGGCGUUGAGUAAGAGUAUAACCGGUCAGAAUAUCUGUAUCGAUGUACACAUUUAUUUCUUGUCUUCUAACCUUUCCACCUUGUACGACUGUGACAAUCUCUCUAUCAUGGCACUGCGCAUCGGACAAGUACUCCGCGGUGCGAAGGGAACAUAUGAGUUGUCGCAUUCACUCAAGGGUUCCACCGUGUUCAAAGCUAGACGGCUUCUAACUCCGUCUCAACCUGCGCAAUGGGCUAUGAUCAAGGGAGCCGAAACUGAUAUCGAGAGGCUAUGUCUGAGACGCGAGUGGUAUAAUUACAGAUUCAACGAGAUUGCUACAAGCCCGUACAUACGUGUGCUGCAUGAUACGAUCUCCUUGAAUGAAGACCAGAACAAACCAUCAUGCUUGGUAUUCGAAUGGAUGGACGAGGACUUGACGUCAAUCACGAAGCGCAGGUUUCGGAGCGACACAAAACUACUCAAGACUGUCUCCAAAGCCGUGUUAUCGGCACUUGAAGUUCUUAAAUAUCUUAAUGUCAUGCACACAGAUAUCAACCCUAAUAACAUUUUCCUGUCGGACAUAGACGGGCCUGCCCCAAUCGUCAAAGUUGGAGAUCUUGGUAAUGCGAUCAUGGAUAGCUCCACGAAACAGCGAUGUCAAAGUCUACCUUGCAGAGCACCCGAAGUCUGGCAGGGUUCACCAUGCCGUCACGCGUCCGACAUAUGGUCUUUGGGCGUCACCCUGACAACAAAAUUAUCACCACUGAUGUUGUUUGGUGCAGCUGACCAACGUGUCGUUACACAUACGGAAGCCUGGUGCAUCGCGAAGAUCAUGCGACUAGUUGGUCCAAUCAAACGCCCUACCGAAUGUGAAGCCUACAAACAAGAAUUUGAGCUCGCGGAACAGAUUGCGCUGAUGGAUCACCCACUCGGACACAUGAAGCUCAUCUCGAGAGAACACUGGCGUCAAGAACUCGAGGACAUCCCAGACCCACCUGUGUCUCCUGAUCUACUCGACUUCAUCGAAACACUACUUGUCAUCGAUCCCGACAAGAGACCAACGGCUACGGAAGCGUUGAUGCAUCCAUACUUGAAGGCCUCUUUGGACGAUUCGAAGAUUUAUGAAGGGUAUGUGUCGGACAGUUCUAUCACGCUCGGCAGUGAUGAAAGCUGGACGGAGAUGAGCUUCACUGAAGGCAAGGGAAUGACGGCAAAAGUGAACAAAGUCGCUGUUUGA